AUGGCGGCGGGGCUGAGGACCCGGUUCGUGGGGCACGGGAACGAUCGGGGGCGCUCGGCUGCGGGUUCUCCCAUCAGCGGGGCGGCCGCUCAGCGGAGCCGCGGGGUUGGAGACCGUCAGGCACAGAAAAAUGAGAGAGAGUCUAUCAGACAGAAGUUGGCCCUCGGAAGCUUCUUUGACGAUGGCCCAGGAAUUUAUACCAGCUGUAGCAAAAGUGGGAAGCCAAGCCUCUCCUCUCGCCUCCAGAGCGGGAUGAACUUGCAGAUCUGCUUUGUGAAUGACAGUGGUAGUGACAAGGACAGUGACGCCGAUGACAGCAAAACUGAGACCAGCCUGGACACCCCCUUGUCCCCCAUGAGCAAACAGAGCUCUUCCUAUUCCGAUAGAGACACCACUGAAGAGGAAUCGGAAUCUCUGGAUGACAUGGACUUCCUCACAAGACAAAAGAAGUUGCAAGCCGAAGCCAAGAUGGCGCUGGCCAUGGCCAAACCCAUGGCCAAAAUGCAAGUCGAAGUAGAAAAACAGAACAGGAAAAAGUCUCCUGUCGCUGAUCUCCUGCCGCACAUGCCUCAUAUAAGUGAAUGCUUGAUGAAAAGAAGUUUAAAGCCCACGGACCUGAGAGGCAUGACGAUUGGGCAGCUACAAGUGAUCGUCAAUGACCUCCACUCCCAGAUAGAAAGCUUCAAUGAAGAGUUGGUCCAGCUUCUCCUCAUCCGAGACGAGCUGCACACUGAGCAAGAUGCCAUGCUGGUCGACAUUGAGGACCUGACCAGGCACGCCGAGAGUCAACAGAAGCACAUGGCAGAGAAAAUGCCCGCAAAGUGAAGAGAAGCCAGCCACCAGGAGGAGGAGCUAGAAUUUAUUUUGCUUCUGUGGUUAAAAAAAAUUGCCAUUGCUAAAGGUGACACAGAAACAAACAAAUAUCAGUGUUUGUCAUGGUCAUGUCUGAAGCUUCCUGUUCAGUGAUCGGCCUUUGCUUCUUAAUUUAUUUUAAUUUUUUUACUUGUGCCACUUAAUAUCGGGCAUUUUAAUAAAAUAUUGUUACAAAAACAAACCAAGUAACUGUACAGUACUUAAACACCAUCGCGAAUCGUGGUAAAUCCGAGAGGGUAGUCUUAGCUUUAUUUUUAUGGGUUUGGAGAUUUUAAGUUGGAGCAGUAUUUUUCCCGCUGACAGCUUCCAUCCUCCACUGUGGUUUUAAGGAUCUGUAACCGAUGGUGCUACGUGAGACAUCAUGCCUGCCUCCUUGUGACGUUGUAGCUCUCCCGACGUCUGCCUCGUGACGUUGUAGCUCUCCUGACGACGCCAUCUUAAUCAGUUUUCAACAUUUUGUGAAUGUUGACUAUCUGAAGUUCAUUUCUCGACGUGCUAUUAACAAUGUUUGAAUUCAGAGGCUUCCUUAAACGUUUUAUG